UCAAAUGUCAUUUAUCUGACGUUAGCAUUUUUGUGUCGAAUAAGAAAAGAAAACAUGUCACAAUCCAAUUGGACUAAUAGAGAGCAGAAGGAAGUAUUCAUUAAAUUGAUGGAAGAAAAUCCCCAGAUAGCUAAAGGAUUUUCAACAAACCGGGUGGAUACUGACCGCUUUUGGAGGGAAGCAGCAGAGAAACUAAACAGCUUUGGACCUCCUGCUAAAGAUGGCGCAACCUGGAAAAAGGUUUGGGCAGAUUUCAAGUCAAAAACAAAAAAGAAACUAGCAGAUAAUGAAGUGAAGCGGAAGCAGUCGGGCUUCAAUGACAAUAAUUUACAAGCACUUACUGAAUUCGAGGAAGCAAUUGUCAGGAUUACCUCCCUUAUCCAGUCCGUUCAUGGCAUAAGUGCCAGGGUAUUUGGGAUAAAUCCGGUAGAAGAGACGGCGACAGCUUCUAAGGACGUAUCUAUGAAUUCAUGCUUAGAAGAAAAUCUGGAAACAGACGCUGUAAAUGAAAGCCAAGAAAAUUUAUCUGAAAAUUAUUAA